GCGGACAAGGUGAAUUAAUUUCUAUCUCACUUUGCUAAGCGCCUGCAGAGAAGUCGUCGGACCUCCAUUCGUUCUCGUCUGUGCCACCAUGAUCAAGCAGAAGAUCGUGUUAAAGGUCACCAUAACGUGCAAGACAAGCGUCAUCAUGGCGGCUGUCGCCGAGGUUCCAGGCAUCGACGAGAUGACGUUGGAUGUGGAGAGCUGCAAGCUGACGGUGAUCGGAGUUGUGGACCCGGUGUGUAUAGUGAAGGUGUUGAGGAAGAUCAAGGUGGUGGUCUGCAUCGAAUCCGUCAAUCCCCACCCCCCACCCAAGCCGCCCGAAGAGAAACCCAAGGAAAAAUCCCCAGAAACUAAGAAAAAGUGCCCACCACCAUGUCCGACAAAGUGUACUCCACCACCAUGCCCGCGGCCGUGCUGGUCGGUGCCAUGCCACUGUGGCACAUGCCCGCCACUAUGUCCGCAGCCGUGCCGGUCGGUGCCAUGCCACUGUGGCACGUGCCCACCGCCAUGUCCGCCGCCGUGCCGGUCGGUGCCAUGUCACUGCGGCACGUGCCAUUCCGGCUACCAAUCCAUGGGCUGUGAAGAACCCAGUUGGUGCACCAUCAUGUAAAACAACGGUCCUGAUUGCUAUUUCGUUUUGCUUUCCUCCUACCGGAAGAAGGAACCGGACAGUACUGUCUUUCGAUUAUCGGUUUGUUAUAAUAUGUUUUCCUUGUCCAGUACAUGCAUGUUUGAUGCAAUAUAUUGAAAGCAUGUGUUGG